AUGCGUUUGUGUGUUUGGGCGUGUUAUCGUCGUCGAUGCUGGGUGGAAACCGAGAGUAAGGACGGUAAAGUCUACUACUAUGAACGAGGAACGCGUCGUUCAGCUUGGAAUUUGCCAGAUGUGGAACCACGCAACAUCACCCCCAAUCCACCCGCUUUGAAACGUCCCACAAGCACUCUCAAUGACCAUCUUCCCUCAGCUCCAGUCUCCUCUAUCGCUCCUGGGAACAUAAACACCAUCGACUUGUCUGAAGCUCAGGCCAGAUUUGGCGCAAGGAAACUACCUCUAAAUAUGAGUGGUGACAAUCUUUCGUCAAUGCCAACACAAGAUGAAAACUCAAGUCGGUUCUACAAGGUUUCAAAAGAUCACAUUACAGGUCCCAUUGAAAAUAAACUCCGGGCCACUGAACGACGUGGUCAGGCCACAUUUAGGCGCUGCAGUGGAGGGCGCAAAAUCAAGAAGUCCAUGUCUUGUGUUCUCGUACUUAGUGGACCCACACUCUAUGUUUACAAGGAGACCAAAAAUCUAAAAGGCCCCACCAUCUCCACAAAGCCCGAAGUCGAGCUCCAUGUGAAGGAUCUUCAAGUUCAUCCUGUUAACGGCAGUGAUUGCGCCUUCGUGUUGGUGGACACAACUGAUGCGGACUGUGUCUCCGAAUACUUCAUUGAAACACCUUCGCCAGAACUGCGCAAGGCUUGGGAAACAGCCUUGAAAUACUCCAAAGAUUUCGAUAAAGAAGAUCGGUUCGAGCGAAGGUCAUUUUCUACCCGUCCCCCGCCCAGUGUUGACCAGAAGGUGGUUACAAUGCUCCGCGAAUUCUUCCGAAAACGACCCCCACUAGAGAAAAUUCGAGAACUGGGCAUUCUCAAAGGUGACUCCUUUAUUGAGGACGAUGUCCCUGUACGAAAAUCGUCUGGAAACAAGAAGAAUGAAGAUGAACCCGUAUUCGGUUCCAACCUCAUCGCAUUGUGCCAAAGGGAAGGAACCAAAGUUCCCACAUUUGUCACUCGAGUCAUUCGCGCUGUGGAAUCUAGAGGUCUGGAAGCAUCCGGAUUGUACCGCAAAAGUGGUAAUGGCGCGAUCAUCCAAAGAUUGCGUAAUCAAGUGAAUCAUAGUGAAUACUACUUAAACUCAGACGAUUGGGAUAUUUAUGAACUCUCCGAUAGUCUAAAGCUCUUCCUUAGAGAAUUGAAAGAACCCCUACUUGUUUACGCGCUUUACGAUGAAUUUGAGAACUUCAAAGAUUCCAUGUCGUCUUUCACGAUUGAGCAGAACAUAGAAACGAUGCGCGGCAUCUUAGCAAAAAUGCCAGACUGCCACUAUGCCACAACAAAGGCGAUCGUUGAGCAUUUGAGCAAGGUGGCUGGAAUGUCAAGCGUCAACCAAAUGAAUUCCAGGAACCUUGCUCUUGUCUUUGGUCCCAAUGUGAUGUGGAGGGACACUCCUAGCGAUGAUUACGCCCUCUUUUCCAUUGUUGGCUGUUACUGCAUGGAAUUCCUAAUCAGUAAUUAUGUAGCGAUAUUCCUUCCUUCUACAAGCAUAUAA